AUGGCGAAAGACCCGGAAUCGAACGCACCAUUGAACCAGCUCGAAACCACAGACCAGGCCGCUCAAGAUGCGCAGGAGCUUACUUACCUCGGCCACGAGCAGGCCCUGUCGCGAAAAUUCAGCGCGACGAGCAUGCUAUUCCUCGCCUUGUCUGUCCUGGGCACCUGGUCGACCUUCGCCCAAGGGCUCUCGAGCGGACUGACCAGCGGCGGGCCUAUCUCGAUACUCUGGGGCCUCGUCCUCGUCAUGUUCUGCAACGUCUGCGUGGCUGUCUCGCUGGGCGAGCUCUGCAGCAGCAUGCCCACGGCCCUGGGGCAGGCGUACUGGGUAUACCGACUCUGCCGAGGGUCCCCGACUGGGCGUUUUGUGUCUUAUAUCUGCGCCUGGAUCAACACAUUUGGCUGGUGGACGCUGGCAGCCUCGCAGCUCGCCUUUAUGACAAAUUUUAUCCUCAGCAUGAAGGUCCUUUUUGUCCAAAACUGGACCCAGGCCAGUGUUGGUUGGGUCAACUUUUUGCUUUAUCUUGGCGUUACCCUUGUGGUUACAGUCGUCAAUCUCGUCGCCUGCCGUCGAGAUGCUAUCCUCCCAGCUUUCAACAAUUUUGUCGGCGUCUGCUUCAUUGGGCUCUUUUUCAUAUUUUGCCUGGCGUUGCUCAUAUCCGUCGGUGUGAGAGAGGGCCUGGAAUUUCAGCCGGCAUCGUUUGUUUUUGGGCGGUGGAUUAAUCAGACCGGCUGGGGAGAUGGCGUAGCCUGGUUUACUGGCCUUGUGCAGGCCGCGUAUGGCCUCACUGCCUUUGAUUCAGCUGUGCAUCUCGCAGAGGAAAUCCCGGCUCCCCGCAAGAACAUCCCGCGCGUCAUCUGGCUCUCAGUCGUUCUUGGAGCCGUUACUGGCUUCAUUUUCAUGGUGGCCUGCCUCUUCAGUAUCCAAGACCUCGACACCGUUCUCAACCCUCCAACUGGCCUUCCCUUCGUGGAUCUUGUCCACGGGGCCGUUGGGCUGCAGGGCGCUGCAGUACUACUGUCCUUGUUUAUUUUCAACGGAAUGGGCCAGGCUGUGAGCAUCGUUACAACAUCCUCCCGCCUCACUUGGGGCUUCGCGCGAGACGGCGGUCUGCCAUGGAGCACCUACUUUUCCAAGGUGAAUGACACCUGGAAGGUGCCGGCGCGCGCCUUGUGGCUCCAAGGUGGCCUUAUUGGCCUCGUGAGCAUACUAUACAUCUUUGCCAAUACAGUGCUUGAGGCGAUUCUGAGUGUUAGCACAGUCGCCCUCACUAUCUCCUACGCAAUGCCCAUCCUGACAGUUCUUAUUGUGGGUCGCGAAAAGCUCCCGCCUGGGGAGUUCACAUUAGGCCGGUUUGGCUCUUUCGCCAACGUGAUCUCCGUCAUAUACUGCACCAUUACUAGUAUCUUCUUUUUCUUCCCCAUCGAGCCUAACCCGGCACCCGCUGAUAUGAAUUACGCCGUCGCUGUCUUUGGAGUUAUGUUGGUUGUUACUUUAGGAUUUUGGGUGUUGAAGGGACGCUACACGUAUUUGGCUACACACGAUGCAGCGGAGCGCAUUAUUGAGGCGCAGAAUGCAGAGCUUGUUCUUUCGCCUGUAACACCUCAGAAAAGUUGA